AUGUCAAUUCCAUCCGAUUGGUUUGAUCCCAUCCCAAUUGAUGAUUAUAUCUCCAUCAAUGAAAAAUCCUCUAUCAAUGUUCCGGAAUCAACACCGGUUGAUAAGGAAUUAUUUGGAGGAGAAUUGGAUAUUCGUUGUGGACCAAUUUUGAAAUUAUCUAGUACAUUAGAAAAUGGUUCCAAUAAUUAUCGUGGUACUAUACUUUUGGUUUUAAAAGUUCCGGAAUCAGCUCAUGAAACUCCUUCACCUCCUUCUAUAACUUAUAAAAUCGGACCUUCGGAAUCAAGUUAUGGAGGUCUGGUUUCUUCAGGUGAAUUUCCAGGAACUUUGUUUUUCGAAGCUGGUCAUGAAGGAUUGGUGUUUUUCAGAUAUACCGUUGAAUUAUCUUUAAUUGAUUAUGAACAAAAAGUGAAAUAUUUCAUUAAUAAUAAUUUCAAAAAAUCAUUUCAAUUCUUUAUUCCAUCAGUUCAUGAAUCAAUGAAUGUGAUUUCUUUCUCAUGUAAUGGAUUUUCCUUAGGAACUGAUGCAUCAGAAUUUAAAUCUUCAUUAUGGAUGGAUGUGCUUAAAAAGCAUCAAUCUCAACAUUAUCAUGUCAUGUUAGGUGGUGGAGAUCAAAUCUAUUCAGAUGCAGUUAAAUUACAUCUGAAAUAUUUAGAAAAAUGGAUGUCAGAACAAAACCCUCUUAAAAAAUUAAACAUGCCUGCAACUAAUGAAUACCAUAUUGAAUUAAAUACUUUCUAUUUGAAUCAUUAUAUAGGCUGGUUUGGUAAAGGAUUUUGGAAAGGGUUGAAUGGUAAAACUUUACAAACCCUUUUCCCCUUAACUAUGUCUCAAAUCCCAUCUGUCAAUAUUUAUGAUGAUCAUGACAUCAUUGAUGGAUUUGGAUCUUAUCAUGAUUCAACCAUGAAAAGUCCCGUAUUCUCAGCAGUAGGUAAUACCGCUUAUAAAUAUUAUAUGAUCUUUCAACAUCAUAUUAAUCCCGAAGAAAAAUUACAUGAAUCUGAUCCUGCUUGGAUUUUAGGUAAUAAACCAGGUCCAUUCAUCACUCAAAAGAAUCAUUCAUUAUUCACUAGAUUAGGGAAAGAAAUAUCUUUAGUUGGAAUUGAUUGUAGAACAGAACGGAAAUUAAAGCAAGUGGUUACAGCUUCAAGUUAUUCAAUUAUUUUUGAUCGAUUGAAAAAGGAAAUUAAAGCUAGUCCUGAAACGAAGCAUUUAUUAGUAAUGUUAGGUAUUCCUAUUUUUUAUCCUAGAUUAGUCUGGUUAGAAUGGCUAUUAACUUCAACUUUAUUCUUACCUAUUCGUGCUUUAGCAUCUAAAGGGGUUAUUAAUCAUGGAUUGGUUAAUGAAUUUGACGGUGAUGUCGAAGUAUUGGAUGAUUUGAAUGAUCAUUGGUGUUCAAAAUAUCAUAAAAAAGAACGUAAUAAAUUGAUUCAAGAUCUUAUGUCAUUCGGUAGUGAGAACGGACUUAGAAUCACCAUUUUAUCUGGUGAUGUUCAUUUAGCUGCCAUUGGUAGAUUUAAAUCUAAAUUCCAUCAUCAUUUACACGCCCAUCGUUUAAUUGGUGAACAUAAAGAAGAAUUAAUUCAUCAUAAUCAAGAUGUGACUGAUUUUCCCGAAUCAGAUCCUCGUUUAAUGUUUAAUGUUAUAAGUUCAGCUAUUAUCAAUGGUCCACCUCCUGAUGCUAUGGCAAAUCUUUUGAAUGCAAGAAGUUCAAUCCAUCAUUAUAAUAGAGAUACUGAUGAAGAUAUGGUACCUAUUUUCGUUAAUGAACCAACGGGAGAAAUCAGAUCCAAUGUACAAUUUUUAAAUAAAAGAAAUUGGUCAGAUUUAAUUAUUGCUAAACAAUCAAUUUAUAAAUCUGAGAUUAAUGCUACUGAUCCGAUAAGGAAAUUCCCUCAACCAGUUAAAUUCGAUCAACCAUCACAAGGAAAAGAACUGAAUGGAACUGUGGUUAAUGUUACUGUUCAUCCUAAUCAUUUACUUGAUAAACAUCCUGAUGAAAGACAUAUUAAAUAUCCAUUAUUUGAAGAUUCGUUAGUUACUACCAUUCACGUUGAACAAGAUCCUAAUGAUUUCUCAGCUCCAAGUACUGAUUAUGAAAUAUUGAUUCCAGCUUUAAUAGGUAAGUUUGAGAUUGAUAGAGCACCUGUAAAGCAUCUUCUGUGA